AUGGUGCAAAAACUUCUGCUGCACAUCGCUUUAGCAGCAAGCCUCCUCUCAACGCAGCUGUCUGGUGCUACAGCUACAAAAACAAAAGAACAAGUGAAGAACAACUCAGGUGUGACCCCAGCUGGGAAGUGUGGCACCUGGUUAAAGGAGCCUGAUGGAGGGUGUUUCACCUCACCCAACUACCCUGAGAAAUACCCACCUGAGAGGGAGUGUGUCUACAUAAUAGAAGCAUCUCCUCGACAGAUCAUCGACUUAUUCUUCGAAGAGAAGUACUCCAUCGAACCUUCCUGGGAGUGCAAGUUUGACCACAUCGAGGUACGCGAUGGGCCCUUUGGUUUCUCGCCCAUCAUUGGUCGCUACUGUGGGCUGGAAAGUCCUGCGUACGUCCGGUCCAGCGGGAGGUACCUGUACAUCAAGUUUGUGGCUGAUGGUGAACUGGAGGCCAUUGGUUUUUCGGCCCGGUAUAAUUUCACACAAGAUCCGGAGUUCAAAGGGCUUGGAGCACUGCCAGCUCUGCCAUUCUGUAAUUUUGAGCUGAGCGGCCCAGAUGGCAUCAUAGAGUCGGUACAGAUAGCGAGGGACGCCAAUGUCCUGCAGACGGAGGCUGUGGACUGCAGGUGGUACAUCAAGGCUCCUCCCAGAGCUAAGAUCUACUUGCGCUUUCUGGAGUACGAGAUGCACAACUCGAAUGAGUGCAAGCGUAACUUUGUUGCCAUCUACGACGGCAGCAGUUCGGUCGAGCACCUGAAGAAUAAGUUCUGCUCCACGGUGGCCAACGAUGUCAUGCUGGUGUCCUCCGUGGGCGUGGUUAGGCUGUGGGCAGACGAGGGGAGCAGAAAAAGCAAAUUCAGGAUCCUCUUCACAACUUUCCACUCGCCUCCAUGUGAAAGCGACACUUUCUUUUGCCAUAGCAACAUGUGCAUCAACCACACACUGGUCUGCAACGGCAUUCAGAACUGUGUUUACCCCUGGGAUGAAAAUCACUGUAAAGAGCAGAGGAAAGCCAGCAUCCUGGACACGCUGGAUAACACAAACAUCGCCAUUAUUGCAGUGACCUGUGGUCUGGUUGUCAUCCUGCUCAUCAUCUCUUGCAUCAUCCAGAUCAAACAGCCUCGAAAGAAAUACAUUAUCCGCAGGGAUGACUUUGACCCUGCACUCAUCCAUCCCGGUUUCGAGCCUCCACACUACGAGCUCUGUACUCUGCGCCGUGACCCCUCCGGCGACCUGACCGACGCUGCCCUGGCUGAGGACUUUGAGAAGUUCCACAAGCUCCGCCGCUCAUCAAGCAAAUGCAUUCGUGACCACCAUUGUGGCUCCCAGCAGGGGAGCAUGCACGGCAGUGUACAUGGAAGCCGCAGCAACCUAAGCAUGAGGGAUGGCAACAUUGCCGGUGACGGGGGGGCUCAUGUGCCGCCAUUGCCACCAGUGAUGCCAAGCCAACAGUCGCCGCACCUCUCCCACCACCACACCCCUGCAGGUCAACGCAGCAUCCUAGUGAUGAAGCAUAGCUACUCUCAGGACGGGGCAGACAGGUACCGACCGGAGGAGGAGGAUGAGUUGAUGAUGAAUGAUGGUCCCACCACCAGCCAGCACCACAUGCACCAUCAUCACACCCGCCAUGGCAUGUCAGGGCUGGAUCACACUGUCCACCGUACACUGUCUAAUGACUUUUGA